GUAUAUUGUUUCCUCCGCUGUGUAGACUUUCGUCGGCGGGAAAGUGGCUGUGGCGGGCAUGUCUCUGAACAUGUACGAGGACCAGAUCACUGUGCUGUUGGGUCACAACGGAGCUGGUAAAACCACCACCAUGUCUAUGCUCACUGGCUUCAUCGCUCCCAAUUCCGGUACAGCAGUGGUCAACGGAUACGAUAUUCGGUCCAACAUUGACGAAGUCCGGGAGACCCUGGGUCUCUGUCCACAACACGAUAUUCUCUUUGACCUGCUGACCGUCCGAGAACACCUGUACUUCUUUGCUAAGAUGAAAGGAGUCAGUGGGAACCUGGACGCCCUGAUUGCCACGGUCGUCAACGACAUGUCCUUGACCGGCAAAGAGAACACCCAGGCUCGGCAUCUGUCUGGUGGUCAGAAGAGGAAGCUGUCGGUGGGCAUCGCUCUCAUCGGGGGCUCCAAGGUGGUGAUCUUGGACGAGCCCAGCUCUGGCAUGGACCCGGGGGCUCGCCGGCACAUCUGGGACGUCCUCCAGCGGAACAAACGAGGCCGGACCGUCCUGCUGACCACCCACUACAUGGACGAGGCGGACGCGCUCGGGGACAGGAUCGCUAUCAUGGCGGAGGGCGUGGUCAAGUGCUGCGGGACCUCCAUGUUCCUGAAAAAACUUUACGGUGCUGGUUACCACCUCAUCAUCGUGAAGGGCGACGGAUGCAGAGUGGAGGAAAUCACACAGAUUGUCCGCUCUACAGUGCCUGGAAGUGAUUAUGAGGAAGAAAUUGGAUCAGAAAUCAGCUUCUCUCUACCCGACGAACAAAGCGCCCUGUUCUCGACACUGUUCACGGAGUUAGAGAGCCGCAGAGACUGGUUAGGCAUUUCAGGAUUCGGAACCAAGGCCACCACAAUGGAAGAGGUUUUCCUGAGAGUUGGGGACAGUGCGGCGUCGGGACACACCUUUCAAAAGCCUGACGUGGCAGGCCUCAACCCAGCCUAUGAGAAUGGCUCAGACAAUGCUGAGACAAACGGGAAUGCUGCUGUCCAAUCACAACUGGUUGCUCAAGGUGGUGGGUACCGCCUCAUCAUCGUGAAGGGAGACGGAUGCAAAGUGGAGGAAAUCACACAGAUUGUCCGCUCUAUAGUGCCUGGAAGUGAUUACGAGGGGGAAAUUGGAUCAGAAAUCCGCUACUCUCUACCCGACGACCAAAACGCUCUGUUCUCGACACUGUUCACGGAGUUAGAGAGCCGCAGAGACGAGUUGGGCAUUUCAGGGUACGGAAACAAGGCAACCACGAUGGAAGAGGUUUUCCUGAGAGUUGGAUACAAUGCAGCACCGGGACCCAUCUUUCAAAAGCCUGACGAGGGAGCCCAGAACCCAGCUUAUCAGAAUGGCUCAGGCAAUGCUCAGACAGACGUGAAGGCUGGUGUCCAAUCACGACUUGUCGCUCAAGGAGAAUUAGAUUUCAAUGUUGGCUACACAAGGAAGACUGGAAUCCCUUUGUUGCUCUCCCAGUUCAGGGGCGAGUUUGUGAAAAAGAUGCUGUACUCUUGGAGGAGCAAACUGCUGUUCUUUCUACAGUUGCUUGUACCCCUUGGCCUGACGGCUGGCGGCAUGGCUAUCCUCAACAUGAAUACAGGGUCCCGUGACUAUCAAGAGGUUGGUGACCAGGGCACAGUAGCCUAUGACCUUUCACCUUUUGACCACCCAAUCGUGCCUUACACAGAUGGGAGCCCAGCGUCGAGCAUCUCAAGCGACUUGGCUGAUAAGUAUGCGGAGAUCUUCAGCACGCAUCCUGGAACUGUGGAGAAGAUAAACCGAGACAAAUCCUCCAAUGUCUCCGAGUACCUCCUACAGAAAAUGAAUGACGUUGGUUUCGACGUUUUCUCACAACGCUUCCCUAUUGGAGCGGAAUUUUUACCCCAAAGCAACAACAGCAUUAAGGGCGUGGCUUUGUAUAACGAUAGGGUGUGGCAUGCCAAGCCAGUAGCUGUGGUGCAGAUGCUGAAUGCGUUCAUCCGGGAAUAUAUUGGAGAUGGUUAUUCUAUUCAGGCCAGUCUCCAUCCUAUGCCGGAACGGAUCCGGGCCAAUGACCCAUACUCCCCCGUCGAGUUCCGCUUGAAGAACCUCUACCCACUCACCAUAUUCAUCUCCCUCGGGAUGGCCUUCCUCCUAAGCAGCUUUGUCUACACCCUCAUUGUAGAGAGACAGCGCGGCUGCAAACACCUUCAAGAGGUCAGCGGGGUCAACCCGUUCAUGUACUGGCUGGCCACCUUCCUGUGGGAUUACAUCAUCUACCUGGCUGUCGUCAUCGGCAUCAUCGCUAUCUUCCUUGGCUUCAACGAGACGGCUUUCAUCGGCGAGGAGUCCUUUGGCCCCCUCAUCGUGAUGUUUCUGCUGUUCGGGUUCGCCGCCUGUUUCUCCAGUUACGUCUUCCAGUUCGUGUUCAAAUCUCCACCAACGGGCUUUGUGGUGACUCUCAUCCUGUACUUUAUCCUCAGUCUGUUCACAGGAUUUAUGCUGAUGUUGAUCAAGAACGACAGUCGCGAAGACUUUCGGAUAUUGUUCAGCUUGCUGUUUCUGCCAUUCAACUUGAACAAGUUCAUCACCGAAUCUUAUGGCUGGCACUCCGAAUCCCCUUCAAUUAUUGGGUUUGUUAGUGCUCACAAAAAGCCGGGACAAAGUGUCUGGGACUUUGACAGCCCUAGCGUGGGACUGUACGUGUUCAUGAUGGCGGUACAGGCCGGGGUCGCGGUGUUGCUACUGAUGCUUAUUGAGUUCCACGUGCUGCAGAAAAUUGGGUAUUUAUUUGAAAAGUCUGGAGAAGGGAACAAGCAGGCACCAUUGCAGCAGAUCAACAUGACCCCACUGUACGCCGAAGACUCCGAUGUGACGCAGGAAAGAGAGCGGCUCUUCCACUCUACCCUACAGCAGCUUUUUACCACCGACUCACUUAUUCUCAUGGAGCUGAGCAAGAACUUUGGUCAGAUGACGGCGGUGGACCAUCUGUGUGUGGGCGUGCCGGAACAAGAAUGCUUCGGGCUGCUGGGUCAGAAUGGCGCGGGAAAGACGACGACCUUCAAGAUGCUCACUGGCCAGGAGAUGGUCUCCGGGGGCAACGCCUACGUCAAGACUUACGACAUCAAGGACAACAUCAAGAAG